CCAUCACCCUACAAACACCUGACAGUUUUGAGAAUCAACAGUCCUUUAAGCGCCGUUUCCAGAAGUUGUCCAGCACGUUUUUUUGUGUAAUAAAGCAGCUUGAGAUUUCUUGACAUCUGAGUUGAUUUUCAAGUCUGCGUCUCCUAAAUAUCGGGCGUAUCUUUUAAAAUGUAGAUCUGCACCGGAACACUGCGCAGUAUUGACACGUGUUGUGUUGUGUUGUGGUCUGGUCAUGCUUAUGAAACAGUAGAUGAGGCGUGUUAUAUGAGUGUUCUGACACUAAGUAAACACCAGAAUGUCUUAUUACAGAAACGCGGUUUGGCUUGUGAAAGGUCUACAAGAAUACACCAGAACGUUCAUGUGCACAUUGUGGACAUGUCGAGUCCCAGAGCAUUGUGGGAGUUUGCCGGUUCAUUCACUCAGAGCCACAGUUUGAAUGUGCUUAUCAAUAAUGCAGGGUGUAUGGUGAAUCAGCGAGAGUUGACUGAGGACGGCUUGGAGAAAAACUUUGCCACCAACACACUUGGAAUGUUCAUCCUGACCACAGCGCUGAUUCCUGAGCUGAAAAAGUCCCAGGACCCAAGAGUGGUGAGUAUGUUUCAGAUCACUGUAUCGUCAGGAGGAAUGCUGGUUCAGAAACUCAAUCUUGACGAUCUGCAGUUUGAAAAAGGCACGUUUGGCUUAUGGCUUAUGCACAGAACAACGCAUAAGUCAUCCAUGCCGGAUUUUCAUGCCAGAAUGAAGAACAAAUUACGCACAGAGGCACAGGGAGCUGACACGGUGGUAUGGUUAGCAGUGUCUCAUGCAGCUGUGAAACAUCCCAGCAGACUCUUCUUCCAAGAGCAAACACCGGUGGCCACACACCUGCCUCUGGCCUUAACCAGGUCUUCUUCCGCUGAGGAGAACGAGCUCAUGAAAACACUGGAGCAGCUCGGGGAACGGUUCAAGAUGCGUCUUACUUCAGGGCUCUAAAGAAGAACAAACACUCAUCUGGAUACAAAAUCAAGGGUGGUGUCAUCAGUAACCAAAAAAUUAUUCUAUUUAGAUUUCUCAAACAAGUUUUCCUAAUACAAAUGGUUGAUUAAAAAUGAUUCAAAGGUUUUAUAUGCAAUGUGCCUUCACAAACAUGCUAAAUAAUGUUACAGCUGUAGUGAUUCUCAUGCACAAAAAACACACUAAAUUCACUUAAUUGUACUUUAUUUCCCUGUCCUGCACAAUAGAAAUUAACCUGCACUGGCCACAUUAACUCACUCAUGCCAUCUUAAACAUUUCAUUGUUUACAUUUUGGGUUUUACGUAUAUUAAGCUUGGUUUCCAAAAAUUAAUAAAACACAUUGAAUUAUAUCAGAAUAAUAUACUGAUUAAUAUCACAUGUUUUAAGCACCAUUUUUUUCACCUUUGAAAUGUAAUAAAUAUUUUGCAAAAAUAAUAAUAAAUCAGUAAACAUU